AUGACUGCUGCUGGAGCUUCUCCCUCCAGCUCACCUCGGUUGCCCAGCCCCCCGCCAUUCACCGAGGUCCAGUUUGGGCCCCAAUCCCCGACGGUUGGCGAAGGGUUUAGGACAUCUGAUGAAGAUCUCCUGGGAUUACCUCAUGAGCCCGACAAUGCAUCAAUGCGCCGCAUACGGCCGGGGACCAAAUCUACAGAUAUGGCAUCUGGACCCCCUCUCGUCCCGCUCUCCCAGCUCGAUUCACCAUUCCAAUUACAAGAACACCUUAAAGCUUUAUAUCAACACUACACCAGGCCUAGCGACUCCUCAACUCUCAACCCAAUAACUCGUGAUGUUGCGCGGUAUCUUUCAGAACCGCCGGAAGGAGUAGAACGCACUCUAUGGCUCUAUGAGCUCUGCCGGUUCCUCACCAUGAAGGCCAAUAACCUGAUCGUAGCCUUUUUCGCGGAAGACCCACCGUGCUCUGCACAAACAUGUCCAGAAAUGCGCGCCUCAGAAUGGCAAUACCUGUGCGCUGUCCAUGAUCCUCCCAAAUCUUGUUGCGCCAUCGACUACUGUUGUCAUACCCUUGACUGGGCCACGAACACCCUGACAUCCCCCAAAUACUUCCCAAGCAGGUUAACUCUUGGUUCAGAGUCCUCUGGAGGACCUCAGACGAGCAUGAGGCAUCUUACCAAUAUCUUCCGCCGCGUCUAUCGCAUAUUCGCGCAUGCAUGGUUUCAGCAUCGUGAUGUAUUCUGGCAGGUCGAAGGACAUGAUGGCCUCUACAUUUUCUUUAAGACAGUCUGCGAUGCAUACAAUCUCAUUCAGGAAGAGAAUUAUACAGUCCCCGCAGAAGCGGAAGGUAUCCAGCCUACAAACAACCGAGAUACGGAUCGUGACACCAGCCGCCGUAUGACCGUUUUGCAGAGGGAGCCAGGAAAUCAGGAAGAAAAUCAGGAAGAAAAAGCAGCCCCGGAAAAACAGCCAGAACGUUCUAUGCUCGAAACUCCAUUGACAACAACUAGACGACAUAAAGUUUCUCCUUCACUAGGGGCUAUUGUCUCAACAAUUACAGAAGCUUCAGAGGAUGACGAUGUAGGCAAAAAUUGCCACACACCUAAGGAGGACACUAUUGUACAACUCCCAAGUGCGACAUCCCCUGAUGGUGAAAAUGAGCCAUUGCCAACCACAUCCACGGAAGUCUCUACGACUGAAGCAGUCCCGGUGGAACAAAGUAUGUCUGAAACCCCCAUCGAUGGUGGUGGUGACGGUGAACAUGAAAAGCCAGAGAUGGCGAGACCGCCAGCAGAUGAGUCAGCGCCAGAAAGUGCUUCAACUGAGGAGACGAUAGAAGCUCUGGAAUCGCCAACUACUCCAGUUAACACCUCGGAAAAAGUUGAGGAAGAUUUGUCAGACGAUAAAGCUACGGUUACUGAAACAGAACCGUCGAAAGCAGAUGAGGCAGCUACAGAAACGACGGCCGGUAAGGAACCAGGUAGCCCUGACGCUCCUACAACUGCGAUUGAGGCCAAGCCUGACUCAGACAAACCCUUCUAA